AUGGUUGGCAUCGUUGUUUGGCCCGUUUACCUUUUAAGCCCAUAUUUUGACUUGGAUAGCUCAGCCCAAGUUGGACCACACCAGAUCAGGAGCCCUUCAGUUAGUCUAGAAUCCGUCAGAAGAAAUUAUGUUGCUGAAAGCACUUUGAGACAACUGAAAAGAACAUUUUACACAAAUGUUUCUCCUUCAUAUAUGGAGUAUGCCAUAAAGGUAGCUGUGCCAAAGGUUGGGCUUGAAUUUGAAAAGGGAAAGGAGUUAUACCAUAUAAAGCUGUCUGAUAACCUGCAACCUGAAUCAACCAUCUCAUGCAAAUGUCGCGUGGCAAAAAAUCAGAAAAAACUUGAAUUGUACAAGAUUGAAUUGAACCAAGUGCGCCAUCUAGUUGCAGAUAUGUCCUGUCUUGAUAAGUCCGUAGACCUGAGGCUGAUGCUAUGCACCAAAAGAAUCAUAACUACUUUAACAGAUGAUGAGAUGGAUAGCAUCAGAAGUCUAGUUAGUUCUGCCACUUUUGACCCGAAAGUGAAGGGUGGGUUAAGAUGGCGCUUUGGGAAGGAGUCUUCUGGAGACCGCUACACUGUUGUUGGGGUUUGGCAUAUAAAAGCUAAAGCAUAUAGAGGUUCAUCAAUUAGGCUUAAGAUCCGAGAUGCAGAUAGAUUUGACUUCCUGUCUUCAGCUGGUGAAGUUACAUGCGAGGUCACUGUGAAAAUGACUUCAAUAGUAUCACACUUGCGGGUGAGUUUUUGUGUGGUAGUUGAUUCUGUAAUCUGCUUGUGUAGAUGA